UCAGACCCCGCGAGCCUUUCGACUACUCCGAGCCGCCAACGACUCUCGCCUACGAGCCUGUUGAGCAAGCCGAAGGUUAAAUUAUGGAAGCGGUCGCUAAAGCCAAAGAGAGGUUUGCGAAGUACCCCCUGAUCUACGCAAAGUGCUCUAAACAAGGCGCCCUUUACGCCAAGUGCGUUCUGGUUAAAGAAGAUACGGUUAAGAAGGACGAUUGUCUGAAGGAAUUCCAAGAGUUCAAGACUUGUCUGCAAUCUGCUGCUAGGGGAUUAAAGACUAGGAUCUAAAAUGCAUAGACUAGUGCAGUUCAUUCACCUGCCAUUCAAAUGGCAUUUGAUGGCAGGUGUCUUUAUCAGACUUCUCUUGAUUCUCUAUGGCAAUUACCACGACAAGUACUACGACGUGCCAUAUACAGAUGUCGAUUAUAAAGUGUUCACUGACGCUGCCAGACAUGUGUUGAAUGGCAAUUCGCCAUACAAAAGGCACACGUAUCGCUACAGUCCUCUUGUAGCCUACCUUAUGAUACCAAAUAUAUUGAUAGGUAAGGAAUUCGGCAAACUGUUGUUCUCGGCUUUUGAUAUACUUGUAACCGUAGGUGUGAAAGUGUUGGUAGAGUACCAUUUAAGUAAAAUUAAGAAUGCUUCGAAAAUAGCGACCUAUAGCUCGCUUAUUUGGCUGUAUAAUCCUCUUAGUAUUGCUAUAUCAACGCGGGGCAAUGCAGAUUCUGUCGCGUGCUUUUUCGUAAUAAUGUCUCUGCUUUUCUUACAAACUGAAGUUGUGAAAGGAUUGUCGAAAUUCGUAUUAGCGGGAGUGAUGCUUGGUGUUUCAAUCCAUCUACGAUUGUAUCCUCUGGUAUUUAGCUUCCCCAUGUAUCUGUCGCUAUGCGAUUGCCAGUAUAAGAGAAUUACUAGUCUUGGUUCGUUUGUAUGUAACCUAAUGCCGAACAAAAAACAGCUUCUUCUGACGUUGAGCUGCGUGGGAACCCUAUAUUCACUGACUCACACCAUGUACACAUUGUAUGGUUAUGAAUUCCUCUUCGAGACGUAUAUUUAUCAUCUAUUUAGAAAGGAUACGAGGCACAACUUUUCUAUAAUGUUUUACUAUUCGUAUUUGACUAUGGAUCAGAUACUGGCGGUAGAUGUUGUGAAGUUGGUGAUGCAAGUUUUCGAAUUUAUUAUAAUACUCGUUUUGGGAAUGGGUUUUGGUUGUGAUCCAAGGACGUUGCCUUUCGCCAUGUUCUCGCAGGCAGUCAUUCUCGUAGCGUUCAACAGCGUCAUCACGUCACAAUAUUUCGUCUGGUUUCUCUCCUUGUUUCCAUUAGUAGUGCAUAGUUUCAAGAUGGUCCGAGCUAGAGCGGUAUAUAUGGCGUUAUUGUGGGCUCUUGGGCAAGGCGCUUGGCUUUUCUACGCAUAUCUCUUGGAGUUUAAGUCCAGGGAAGUUUUUAUUUUGAUUUGGCUGAAAAGCGUCGUCUUCUUUUGCGCAAAUGUUUUUCUUCUCGGGCAGCUAGUGUUGUGCUAUCAGCCCGAUUUCGGCUUCGGAUAUAAUCUGGUUAGCCGUGAUAUAAAAAAUAAAUAGAUUUUUAGUCGUGCAAUAUUUAUAUAUAGAUUUUUCUUGUAAUUUAGACUGAAAUAAAAUGUAGAAUGUG